CUGUUUACAGCUUCAAGUCGUCAUGGUUGCGGCGGCUACCGCUCUCUGCGUGCCGAGAGGUGCGUGAUGCUCAACUCUGCUCGGCUCGAUUUCGACGGUCGCAUUAGCUGGGAGAAGUGCAAGCAGACUGCCGACAUGACCAUGUUUGAGAAGUCCGAGACGGAGGAGAUCGUCUCCCGCGUCGCUGGGAUGGACAUCGUUAUGAACAAAGAGUUUCCAAUUCCAGGCGACCUCAUCCGGCAGUUUCCGCCUUCAGUCAAAUUGAUAGCAGAGGCUGGGACUGGGUACAACAACAUCGAUAUUGAAGCGUGCCGCGAGAAGGGCAUCAAGCUGUGCAAUGUCCCGGAGUACACGACAGUGGCGAUGGGCCACAUGGCGAUCACCUUGGUUAUGGCUCUCUCCUGCUCCUUGGCUCCACAGAUGAAGGCGCUCGCAAAAGGCGACAGGACCUACAUGCACCAGUGCCAUCUGGGGAUGCUGGACCACUUCGAGAUCACUGGCAAAACGUUCGGCAUCAUCGGUGGACUUGGCUACAUCGCGAGCCAGAUCUCGAAGAUGGCGCUCGAUCUUGGCAUGAAGGUCGUAGUAUCCGACUUGCCUUCGACGCCGCUAGGCAUGCGUGACAAUGGCGUCGAGGUGGUAAGCUUCGACGACCUGCUCCGCAACUCAGACUUUAUCAGCACGAUGACGCCCCUGAACAAGCACACGACAGGUCUCGUCAACGCGGCAGCCUUUGACAAGAUGAAGCCGACGGCCUACAUCAUCAAUACAGCCAGGGGGCCGAUCAUCGACCAGGACGCCCUCGUGGACGCCUUGCGCAAGAAGAAGAUUGCGGGCGCGGCCCUCGAUGUCUUCGGUGAGGGCUCCGCACCGCCACCACCGCUCCCUGACGACAGCCCGCUCUACGAUGUGUUCAACGAAUUCGACAACGUGAUUCUGACACCGCACAUUGGCUGGCAGCGCUUGGAGGCCAGGCAGCGGCUGGUGGACAUGGUCGCCGACAACAUGGCCGCCUUCGCUCGAGGUGAGGUUCUCAAUGUCGACAUGGACAGUGGCCUGCCCAACCGGUCCGGCUUUCAGCCUAAGGACGGCGCCAACCCUAGACAGCGCUGCGUUAAGACCCCGCCCCGGCGGGAGGGCGCCAGCUCUGGUGAGCCCGCCAUCUCUUCCUGGUAUCGUGUCGGCGCCUUGCUCAGGGCGAGAGGCCUCUGGGGGCUCGACGGCAUCUCGCCCGAGGCCCUCCUCGCGACCCUUGGCGUCCCAGUGGCUGCUUCUGAGGACGCGCACGCGCUGCUCCUGGCAGGCCUCGGCGCGCUGAAGGGGGGCGCGGCCGCGCCGCCGCUGGUGGGCGGAGGCGUGGACGCCGGCGCCCCGGCGCUCUCGCCGGUGUGCACCGAGCCGUACUGCGGUCGGCUGGGCAGGAGCAGAGCCGCGGCGGCCCGCGCGGCGGGCGCCGCCGACGCAGCGGGCGCCGCGGCUGCGGCGGGCGCCGCGCUGGCGGCAGGCCGCUCGCACGCCCAGCUCGUGGUUAAGGUCCGUCUCGACGUAGGCCUGCACGGCGGCGUAUGCCUCGUCACGGGACGCUUCCUCGGGCAGCCCGGAGCUACCUGCCAGGGCGCUCCCCUGGGCAGCCCAGAGCUGCUUGCCAGGACGCUUCCCUGGGCAGCCCGACGGUGCCUGCAGGUGCUCUUCCCUGACGCCCCCGAUGGCAGCUGCCAGGACGCCCAGGGGCCCGCCCUGCCCGAGACCUGCCCGCCGCCCGUGCGCCUGGACUUCGACGGCGCGCAGUUCUUCCCGCCGCUGGGACCGCCGGUGGCGCGGCAGGUUCGGCUGAAGGCGGCCGGUCAGGACCACGCGAGAUGGUGGAGGGGCAGGACAGGUGGAUGCAGCCUGGCGCGGUCCGCCUCACCAUCACGAAGAGGAGCGAUCGGCGCCACCUGGCGGAGAUGCUCAACGCGUUCAUGCGUGUGACGCGCGACGUCUCCAUCGGCGGGAGGCACCUCCAGCGAGGUCUCGAGCUCGUCAGCAUGCGGCCUCGUGAGGGCCAUCUUCUGGCGAAGCCGUGGAUGCGUUGGAGGCGCGAGCUCCAGAAGGCGAAGCUGCCCAUGGAGGUUGUCUUCGCAAGCCACCGUGUCGGACAAAGGCCC